UCGCAGCUCUGAUCUAAGAACCGUUGGUCAAGCAAUGCUUCCCGGUAUACGCGCCCGUCGUUUGCAGCGCGGAAGAACAGCCGCGUGUUUGGUCGCGGUCCUCGAGCGUCGAAGAGGAAGGUGGUGGAGCCCGUCCAGGAACAUGACAAGACAAUGGCAUGCUAUGUGCCGCUGUGGAUCCGCUUAAGCAGCCUUAGACUCGCUUGCUGCCUUCCGAGAAGGCAGCCACCCGUUGACCGUUGAGUCCAGAUUCAAUGUUCCCUGUCGAAUGGGUUGGCCGUUCUCAUAGAAAAUUGCUCCUGCUCCUGCUAUAUACCAUAGCUGUUGCGGUGCGCCUACGUUCGUUCGACAUUCUUAGGUCACCAGUCUGAUUCCCAGUACCAUGGUCCAGCAUACCGGUUGUGUGACAUCUAUCGAUGCGCUCUCUACGCAGGAGCCUGACUUCAUCGUCAUUGGUGGCGGGAUUGGUGGUUUGGUCGUUGCAAACCGUCUGAGUGAAGAUGCCGAGAAGAAGGUACUCUUGAUCGAAGCGGGAGCCAAUCGUAGAGGAGACCCCAAAAUCGACACGGUUGGUAUGUUAUCAACGCUGUAUGGAGACCCCGAUUAUGAUUGGGACUUUAUGACCGAGCCCCAGAUGCACGUCAAUGGUCGGCAAAUCCCACAUCCACGAGGAAAAGUUCUCGGUGGAUCUUCAGCAAUCAACUUUGGUGCAACUGUAUAUCCUUCAAAGGCCGAUUUCGAAUCUUGGGAGGCACUCGGCAAUGAGGGCUGGGGUGCCACCGGAGUCGCGCCAUACCUUCGCAAGUUCAGUCGUUUCACAGCACCGAGUGCAGAAACGAAAGAACUCCUGAGCAUAGAUUAUAUCAAUGAGGAGUUGCACGGUAAAGACGGCCCUGUUCCAGUAACAAUUCCGGACGUUUAUGGGCCUUUCCAGGCGUCAUGGGUCAAGACUCUGGAUAAUCUUGGCUGGUGCAAUUCAGAUGAUCCUAUCGAAGGCGAGAAGCUGGGCACAUUUGCUUGUGGGCUGUCCAUUGAUGCAGAGACAAAGACCCGCGGCUACGCUGCGUCGGCCUACUAUACCCAACAAGUUGCGGAAAGACCUAACCUGGAAGUAUUGACAGAAACAUUCGUCGAAAAAAUACUUACCAAUGUUUGUGACGGCUCCGUACAAGCGAUUGGGGUAAAGAUUCGAACAAGGAGUGGGGUACACGAAAUCACGGCGAAGAAGGAAGUCAUCCUCUCCGCAGGCACCAUUCAAUCACCACAAGUUCUUGAGCUUUCCGGUAUCGGCCAAAAGGAGCUUCUCGAGAAGCAUGGAAUUCCGGUGGUUCUUGACAGUCCUGGUGUCGGCGAGAACCUCCAGGACCAUGCCAUCUCGGCGCCUUGCUUCGAGAUUGCGGAUGACCAGUUCUCGGCAGAUAUAAUGCGCGAUCCAAACAUCGUACAGGCCGUGCUCCAACAGUACAUGUCCACCAAGACCGGCCCACUUGUUGGUAUUCCGAUCAGUGUGACCAUGCUUCCGCUUAUCGACUCUGAUGGCCGCGUCAGUCACGAUGAAAUUGCCCAAAUGGCGAGGCAGUGUGGCGAAGACAAAGACUUGCCUCUUUGGCAAAAGAGACAAUACGAACAGCUCGAGAAGCAGAUAUCAGGCCCGAAUGAGGCAGCUGGAUAUGCGAUGAUGCUGCCACUGCAGUUGAACAUCUCUGCGGGAGCUACGCAGAUGAAGGAGCUACUUGCGCCAUCGAAUCCCAAGAACUUCAUCACCAUAAUGGCGGUCAACAACCAUCCCUUCUCUCGUGGCUUCUGCCAUAUUCGAUCCGCGGAUCCGAAAGAGAAGCCGAUUCUAGACCCAAAAUAUCUUUCUCAUCCCCUGGAUCUCGAGAUACUUGCCCGGUAUACGCAAUACAUCGAAACCAUUGUCAAGACUGAACCCUUCGCUUCGUUGCUCAAACCUAGUGGGCGAUUGCCGGACGGCAAGCGAGCCACGGAUCUAGAUGCGGCGAAAGAUAUCGUCAAGGAGCGAUUGCUGAGCACCUUUCACCCCACGGGUACAUGUGCCAUGAUGCCCAAGGAACUCAACGGUGUCGUCGAUAGCAGACUGAAGGUACACGGGACAAAGAACCUGAGGAUUGUGGACGCAUCGAUCUUUCCAAUGGAAACGUUGGGAAAUAUCCAGGCAACAGUGUAUGCGGUGGCGGAGAAGGCAGCUGACCUUAUCAAGCAGGACUGGAAGAAGUAGUAGUAAUGUUCGUAUGCAAUUAGCUGCCUGAAAUUGACAAACAGCCGCCCCCGAAGCCGACAACCCGUAGUCUGGUAGCCUAGGGUGG